AGCUCCUCCUGUCCGGCAAACUCAGUGAGUAUGGUGUGAUCGUCCCCUUCAGCGCCGAUUGCUGGGGUCGCUUCCUCUCGCACGUGGUGUCCGGCGACGCGGCAGUGGGGAUCAGUGAAGCUGCCUGUCCCCCGGCCCCCCGCCCGUCCCACCACCGUGUCCCCCGCAGCCCCCUGGAUGAGUCCCCCCAGCACCGUGGGGCUGGUGGCCGCUUGCUCUACUUCAACGUCACGGUUUUUGGGAAGGAGCUGCACCUCCGACUGAGGCCCAACCGGCGGCUGGUGCCACUGGGCGCCAUGGCUGAAUGGCAGGAGGAUUUUGAGGUGCUUUUCCGGGAACCCCUCCAACAGCGGUGCCUUUUCACUGGUGACAUCUCUGGCAUGCCUGGUGCCGCCGUGGCCAUAAGCAACUGUGACGGACUGGCUGGCCUGAUUCGGACAGACAGCAACGAGUUCUUCAUCGAGCCCCUGGAGAAGGGACAGCAGGAGAUGGAGGAGCACGGGAGGGCUCAUGUGGUGUACCGUCGGUCGGCCAUCCGGCAGGACGGCACCGAGCCCCACCAGGACCUCCACCCUGAAGUGCCCGGUCUGCGGGUGGGCGAUCUCCCCAACUCCCUGGAGCUGAUGACGGAGCGGCUGGGGGACGCGGAGCGCAAGAGGCGCCAUGCCAGGAAGGACAACUACAACAUCGAGGUCUUGCUGGCAGUGGACGACUCGGUCGUACGCUUCCAUGGAAAGGAGCACGUCCAGAACUAUGUCCUCACCCUCAUGAACAUAGUGGAUGAAAUUUAUCACGACGAGUCCCUGGGUGUUCACAUCAACAUCGUGCUGGUCAGGAUGAUCAUGGUGGGAUACCGCCAGUCAGUCAGCCUGAUAGAGCGAGGGAAUCCAUCUCGGAGCUUGGAGCAGGUCUGCCGCUGGGCUCACUCCCAGCAGCGCUCCGAUCCAGAGCAUGCCGAGUACCACGACCAUGCUGUAUUCCUCACCAGGCAAGAUUUUGGUCCCGCAGGCUAUGCACCUGUAACGGGGAUGUGCCACCCUCUCCGCAGCUGCACCCUCAACCAUGAAGAUGGCUUCUCCUCGGCGUUUGUCGUUGCCCAUGAGACUGGCCACGUGUUAGGCAUGGAGCACGACGGCCAGGGCAACCGCUGCGCUGAUGAGACCAGCAUGGGGAGCAUCAUGGCACCGCUGGUCCAGGCCGCCUUCCACCGCUACCACUGGUCCCGCUGCAGCAAGCAGGAGCUCAACCGCUACAUUCACUCCUACGACUGCCUCCUGGAUGACCCCUUUGAGCACCAGUGGCCCACAUUACCUGAACUGCCGGGCAUUAACUACUCCAUGGAUGAGCAGUGCCGCUUUGACUUUGGUGUGGGCUACAAAACAUGCACGGCGUUCCGCACCUUCGACCCCUGCAAGCAGCUGUGGUGCAGCCACCCGGACAACCCCUACUUCUGCAAGACCAAGAAGGGGCCACCCUUGGAUGGGACUGAGUGCUCUCCGGGCAAGUGGUGCUUCAAGGGUCACUGCAUCUGGAAGACGUCGGAGCAGCCUUACAGCCAGGACGGCAGCUGGAGCUCCUGGUCCAAGUUCGGCUCGUGCUCCAGGACCUGCGGGGGAGGCGUGCGCUCUCGCAGCCGGAGCUGUGACAACCCACCCCCUGCGUAUGGUGGACGCCUCUGCCCUGGAGCCACCUACGAGUACCAAGUGUGCAACGCCGAGGAGUGCCCGGGGCCCUACCAGGAUUUCCGUGCCCAGCAGUGCUCCAAGCGCAACUCCUAUUACACCCACCAGAACAGCAAGCAUGCCUGGCUUCCCUACGAGCAUCAUGAUGAUGCUCAGAAAUGUGAACUGAUUUGCCAGUCUGAGGGAACAGGGGAUGUGGUGUUCAUGAAUCAGGUUGUUCAUGACGGUACCCGGUGCAGCUACCGAGACCCCUACAGCAUCUGCGUCCGGGGCGAGUGUGUGCAUGUUGGCUGCGACAAGGAGGUCGGCUCCCUGAAGCAGGACGACAAGUGUGGGGUCUGUGGGGGGGACAACUCCCACUGCCGGACGGUGAAGGGCACACUGGCCAAGACCCCGAAGCAGCUGGGUGUUUUGAAGAUGUUUGAGAUUCCAGCUGGGGCGAGGCACCUUCAGAUAGAAGAGAUGGAGCCGUCAUCCCACAGCAUUGCUGUUAAGAAUCAAGCCACAGGUAACUUCAUCCUUAAUGCCAAGGGCAAAGAAGCCAAAAGCCAAGUGUUCAUUGAGAUGGGCUUGGAGUGGGAAUACAUUGUUGAACAUGGCAAGGAGAGCCUGAAAACUAGCGGUCCUCUUCACGAAGCCAUCAGUGUUUUGGUCAUCCCUCAGGAGGAGGAGGCGAGGAGCAGCCUGAUGUACCGGUACAUCAUCCAUGAAGACCUGCUGCCCAUGAUUGGAAACAAUAAUGUCCUGCUUGAGGAGAUGGAUUCCUAUGAGUGGGCCCUCAAGAGCUGGUCUCAGUGCUCCAAGGCGUGCGGAGGAGGUGACCAUGGCAAGAAGCCGAAGCCGAUCCGGCGGCGCUGUAACCUCCAGGAGUGCUCCCAGCCAGCCUGGGUGGCCGAGGAGUGGGGUGCCUGCAGCAGGACCUGUGGCAAGCUGGGGAUGCAGGUGCGGGCGGUGCAGUGUGUGCAGCGCCUGCAGGAUGGCACCAAUCGCACCCUGCACACCAAGUACUGCACCGGGCAGCGCCCCGAGACGCGCCAGCCCUGCAGCCGCCUGCCCUGCCCUGCACAGUGGAGGACGGGCGCCUGGUCGGAGUGCUCGGCGAGCUGCGGGGAAGGCGUCCAGCAGCGGCAGGUGGUGUGCAAAGGCAGCGAGGGCGGCGGGCGCUGUGAGGGCGACAAGCCGGAGGCUGUCCAGGGCUGCCACAUGGCCCUCUGCCCGGGGGAGCCUUGCCUCGGGGACAAGUCCAUCUUCUGCCAGAUGGAGGUCCUGGCUCGGUACUGCUCCAUCCCUGGCUACAACAAGCUCUGCUGUGAAUCCUGCGGCAAGAAAACCUCCUCUGCCCCCCCCCCCAUGGGCUCCAGCACUCCCUCAGGAUCCACUGCUCCCAGCCCUGCUCUGCUGCUCUCCCCCCAUCCCACCACUCCUGCCUGGGGAGGCCCUGGGGGACACCCCACCCCAGCACCUCUGUCUGGGUCAGCUGCUGGUGGAGGGGUUCCCGGCAGUGGCACUUUCCUCGGGGGGCAGCCAGCCUCGAGUGAGUCGGGCAAGGGCCAGGCAGCCAGGUAA